AUGCACCGACCAGACGAAGAGAAGACAGCAUUCAUCACCCCAGACGGAACCUACUGCUAUAAAGUAAUGCCCUUCGGCUUGAAAAACGCCGGAGCCACCUACCAGCGACUCGUUAACAAAAUAUUUUGCCACUUAACCGGAAACAAAAUAGAAGUCUACAUAGAUGAUAUGCUCGCAAAAACGGAAUCCGGUGAGCAACUAACCGACGAUCUAAAAGUCAUAAUGAACACCCUGCGAAAGCACCAAAUGCGACUCAACCCAACAAAGUGUGCUUUCGGAAUGGAAGCAGGAAAAUUCCUCGGGUUCAUGAUCACACAACGCGGAGUUGAGGCAAACCCGGAAAAAUGUCGUGCCGUCCUCGAGAUGACAAGUCCCAAAAACCUCAAAGAAAUCCAAAAGCUCACCGGCCGACUAACCGCACUAUCCCGGUUCCUCGGAGCUUCGGCACAAAAGGCAAUCCCUUUUUUCAAACUCAUGAAAAAAGGAACCCCCUUCAAAUGGGAGACGGAAUGCGAAGAAGCUUUCCAACACUUCAAGAAGGUCCUAACGGAGCCUCCAAUCCUCGCAAAACCCCAAACAGGGGAAACACUAUACCUGUACCUCUCCAUAACGGAAGAAACAAUCGCAGCAGCACUCGUCCGGGAAAACGAGAAAAAGGAACAGAAGCCCAUAUACUUCAUUAGCAAGGUGCUACAAGACACCGAAGCACGCUAUUCACGAUUAGAGAAGCUGGCUUUCGCACUCCUCUCAGCAUCCCGACGACUACGACAAUACUUCCAGGCCCACCCCAUAACGGUCCGAACCGACCAAACGGUCAAACAGGUAUUACAAAAACCCGACCUAGCGGGAAGAAUGCUAGCAUGGUCCAUCGAGUUAUCCCAAUUCCAGAUCAAGUUCGAACCCCGAAACGCCAUCAAAGCGCAAGCCUUGACCGACUUCAUCGCCGAGAUGACUCCGACCAAACUGACACCCGAACCAUGGAAACUGCACGUCGAUGGCUCAUCAAACUCCACUCACGGAGGCGCCGGAAUUAUACUCGAAAACCAAAAUGGGAUCACAAUUGAACAAUCAAUAAGAUACGACUUCCCAGUAUCAAAUAACCAAGCAGAAUACGAGGCCCUCUUGGCAGGCCUAAACCUUGCUCGGGAAGUCGGCGCCAAGAUACUCGAAGUUAACACCGAUUCCCAGGUGGUGUGCUCCCAAAUCAACGGGACCUACCAAACCCGGGACCCCCUGCUCCAACAAUACCUCAAAAAAGUGAGUGAAACCAAAGAAGGAUUCGAAAAAGUCUCCAUACAUCAUGUCCCCAGGGAGCGAAACGCCAGGGCGGACCUACUUUCCAAGCUAGCCAGCACGAAGUCAGGACACGGCAACAGAUCGCUAAUCCAGGAGGUCGUUAAGACGCCUUCCGUAUCAACAGAAAUCAACGCGCACCUAACGUCGUCAAAUCGGGAGUCUUGGACGUACCCGAUCUGGCAAUACCUCCGCGACGGAAUCCUACCACCAGAUCCAAAAGAGGAAAGGCGAAUAAAAAGAGAAGCCGCCAACUACACCAUCAUCGCAGGACAACUAUACAAACGCGGAUUCUCGCAGCCCCUACUUAAAUGUGUCGAACCCGGGAACACGGAAUACAUACUCCGCGAGAUCCACGAAGGCUGCUGCGGACACCACAUCGGAGGAAAAACGCUAGCCCAAAAAAUCAUCAGGGCCGGCUAUUUCUGGCCCACGAUCAUUCGAGAUUCCAUCCAACUAACAAAGAGCUGCGACAAAUGCCAAAAGCAUGCCAAUAUUCACCAAGCCGCCCCACACCAACUCAGCGUUAUAUCGGCUGAACGGCCAUUCGGCAGCUGGGGAAUCGACCUCGUCGGUCCCUUCCCCACGGCACCUGGCCAGCUCAGAUAUCUUAUCGUCGCCAUAGACUACUACACCAAAUGGAUUGAAGCCGAACCCCUGGCCUCCAUCACGGCAACCCAAUGCCGGAAAUUCGUCUGGCGACAGAUCAUUACCCGGUUCGGAAUCCCCGAGGUCAUCAUCUCCGACAACGGAACCCAAUUCACAGACAAAAGAUUUAGAGAACUCUUAGAAGGAUUGCAUAUAUCCCAUCGGUUCAGCUCGGUGGAACAUCCCCAAACGAACGGACAGGUGGAAUCCGCCAACAAGAUUAUCGUUAAAGGUCUUAAGAAACGACUUGACGAAGCCAAGGGAUUAUGGGCAGACGAGUUGGGAUCAGUCCUGUGGUCAUACCGAACGACACCACAAACAAGCACGGGAGAAACGCCCUUCCGAUUAACAUACGGCGUAGAAGCAGUCAUCCCAGUAGAAAUCGGGGACCCCAGCCCCAGAAAAACGGUCGGAGGUAACGACGAAGAGGCAGAACGGGACCUCGUAGGCGAAGAAAGAAGCAUAGCUCACGUCAAAGAAUUAGCACUCAAACAAAGAAUCAGCCUAAGGUACAAUCACGGCGUCAUCCGACGAGAAUUCGCGGACAACGACCUCGUUUUAAGACGAAACGAUAUCGGCAUUCCGACCCCGGGAGAAGGAAAGCUCGCCCCCACCUCACGAAGGGUUUUAACGAGGCCCAACCACUUAAAUAAUCUUUUUUUUUACAAGUUACUUUCACCUCAUCCCCAUUACAAGCCACCACUGUUCCUCAAAAACACGGAACGAAGACACGGCCAUCGCUGGAGGACCGAUCAUCCUCCGGACCAAACACACGGAUAUCCGACAAAACGACCAAACGAACGGUUACGAUAA